AUGCCACUUGCCUAUUACCCAUCAAUGCUCGACCUAUUUCUGCUUUUCCUACUGAACUUGAAUGGGAAGGUCAACCCACAAGUCCUGACUGCCAGCUUGCCCUCCUACGCCCCCGUCAGCGUUGAAUGUCCCGUCACCCAACAGCUGUUGCGGCUCGCAGGCACCCCAAGCGGACGGAAUCAAAGCUUGUCCCAGGCCGAGGCCAACUAUCUCAAGGGCCGCGCAUCUGUAAUUAACCCACUAUGGCAGGAUUUUUUCACCAACGGGCCCGGAAAGGACAGCGGCUACCAGUCCACUUCCUUGCUGACCAAAAACCAGCAAGAUUGGCCUGUAUUUGCGAUUGCUCAUUCUGGUGGCGGUCUUCGCGCCUCAUUAUAUGCUGCGGGAGUCAUGCAAGCGCUUGAUUCGAGGUCCAGCUCUAGCCCGCUCCGCGGUGUUUAUCCAUUGUCAACAUAUGUCACUGGUCUUAGUGGUGGGAGCUGGCUGGUCGCAUCCGCGGCCGCGAACAAUUACCCAACCGCGCCUGAGAUGGUGGAGGGCUGGCAGUUGGAGAAAGAUUUGGCUCUACCCGGCGGAAUUAAUGCUCUCAGAAGUGUACAGUUUCUGGACGCUCUCCAUGAUACGGCCAAGCUCAAAGAGGCUGCUGGGUACAACAUCUCCUUGACUGACCAUUGGGGUCGCGCGCUUGGAUAUCAUUUCUUGCCCGGAACAAGCUCUGAAAACUUCUAUACCAAUUCGCCUACAACUGCUCACGGAGCGGGGAUGCUAUUCUCGAGCCUGCGGAACACGCAAUCGAUGCAAAACUUUCAGAUCCCCCUCCCGAUCAUUGUUAGUAACCACAAGCCCUUGGACGAAUCAGCCGCCAACCCGAGCAACGUGCCCGUCUCCGGAGCAACAUACGUCCCGCUCUCCGCCCCGGUCUAUGAAUGUUCGCCAUUCGAGUUCGGGAGCUUUGACCCCCAGCUGAGCGCUUUCAUUCCCUCGGAAUUUCUUGGCACUAGUCUCAACGCCGGGAAGCCUUUCAUCGCUUCAUCCGUCAUCAAAGCCGCACAAACCGACCCGAAAAACACCUGCGUUCGUGGAUUUGACCAAUUGAGUUUCAUCAUGGGAAGCUCUGCAACGUUGUUCAAUGCUGUGACUGGCUUACCUAUCCAAUACACCUCAGUUUUGCAGACGAUGGCUCAAAAGAUUUCUGGCGCUAGCUUUGACAGAUCCCUGACGGCACGGUACCCGAAUUCGUUCAGAGGUGUAAAUGGCCCCGCCGGCUUUGAUCGCUCCAGCACCGACGAGCUGGUGAUUGUUGAUGGUGGCGAGAACGGCGAAAAUAUACCGCUCAGCCCGUUACUGGCUCCAGUCAGACAAGUUGAUGUCAUCUUGGCGGCGGAUGCGUCUCGGGACUCUGAUUCAGGUGGUCCGAACGGGGCGGGCUGGCCCAACGGAAGCAGCAUGAUUAAUACUUUCCUACGAGUGACCAAGGUCUUGCCGGCUGGCACAGCCACCUUCCCACCUGUCCCGUUGGAUCCCAAAAUCUGGGAGCAAAAGGGAUUGUCAUCUCGUCCCACAUUCUUCGGCUGCAACGCGCCGACUAAGCAAGGUAAUGGUGGGUAUCCCUUAGUAAUCUACUUACCCAAUAGCCCAACCCAAUCACCUCCAUUCACCAACUACUCAACCUUCAAACUACAAUAUUCGAAGGAGGAAACCAGCUCGUUCCUGACCUCGGUCAUGGAGUCUACGACCAGGCCGAGGAUCAGUGCCAGUCGCAGUGAUGCCGACUGGCCCACAUGUUUAUCCUGUGCAUUGAUAGAUCGAGCCCGCAAUCGGCAGGGCGUGCUUCGAUCCGGACCAUGUGCGAACUGCUUCGAACGGUAUUGCUUCAGUUAA